CACUAAUGUAAGCGGCGCUGUUUCGAUGUGUUGUAUCGCUAACGAAGAAGAAAAGCGCUUCCGGUAGUUUACACGCCGCAUUCAUCAUGGCGGCGGGACCGAUUUCUGAACGAAAUCAAGAUGCGACUGUAUAUGUGGGUGGUCUUGAUGAGAAGGUCUCUGAACCUCUUUUGUGGGAGCUUUUUCUACAAGCUGGUCCUGUCGUAAACACACACAUGCCCAAAGAUCGAGUAACAGGACAACAUCAAGGUUAUGGGUUUGUGGAGUUCCUCAGCGAAGAUGACGCAGACUACGCCAUAAAGAUUAUGAACAUGAUCAAACUUUACGGCAAACCCAUACGAGUCAACAAAGCGUCGGCGCACAACAAGAACCUCGAUGUCGGCGCCAACAUCUUCAUCGGCAACUUGGACCCUGAGAUUGACGAGAAACUCCUCUACGAUACUUUCAGCGCUUUUGGCGUCAUCCUUCAGACGCCCAAGAUCAUGCGUGACCCGGAUACAGGCAACUCUAAGGGAUACGCUUUCAUCAACUAUGCCAGCUUUGACGCCUCCGAUGCAGCUAUCGAGGCCAUGAACGGCCAGUAUCUCUGCAAUAGGCCCAUUACGGUGUCGUAUGCGUUUAAAAAGGACUCGAAGGGCGAGAGGCACGGCUCGGCCGCAGAGAGACUCCUGGCCGCUCAGAAUCCACUUUCACAGGCCGAUCGUCCCCAUCAGCUUUUCGCAGAUGCCCCACCGCCUGUCUCUUUACCCAACCCUGUCAUGACCACGCUUGGUGUACCAAUGCCAGGAAUGCCUCCACCUGGUGCGUUCCCACCUGUUCCUCCUCCAGGCUCAAUGCCACCUGGGAUACCUCCUGGCAUGCACAUGCCGCCUGCUCCAGGGACCGGUGGACCACAUGGCGGUGGCACAGGGCCGCCACCGGGGCCACCACCAUUCCACCAUGGAGGAAUGCACCCACCUGGAAUGCCACCGAUGCCAAUGCCCCCAUCGGGACCUCCUGGUAUGGUGCAUCCACCCGGAUCCAAUCAACCAAGAGCACCACCUCCACCUGGAAUGCCUCCUCCACCCAUGGGUGUCCCUCCAAGAGGACCAUUCGGUCCCCCAAUGGGUAUGCAUCCAGGUAUGAGGGGACCACCCCCACCAAUGCCUCCACCUGGUUACGGUGCUGGCCCGCCCAGACCUCCACCCCUCGGCUUUCAGAGAGGACCUCCCUUACCACCACGUCCACCUGCACCACCACGGGGUCCGAUGAGAGCACCUAUGCCUCCCUAAACUGUACUGUGACCUUUUUGAAAUAUUGUUUUUAUUAUUUACAUACGUUUCGCUGUAUUAGAUGGAUCUCAUGCUUCUUUGUAUACAGAUUUCUUAAUUUUUGGUGAUUGUACUUAUCCAGAAUUUGCAAAGAAUAAACCAUUUUAUAUAAC